UUAUGUUGUGGUUUCAACGAAAUGUGGUUGAAAUGCUUUUGUGGUAUUCGUGAAUUUUGAUUAUUGUUAACCCGGCAAAAGCUAAGGACAACGAUUCUGGAGCAUACGCCUUCAUUCCUUCCUGGUAGAAAUGAGACAUAUUACGCAAAAUAAUAAUUAUCCACAAUAAUUGUUUUAUUCUAUCACUCCACUAUUUUUUGUGUAUGUGACAAACUUUCUUUUAAAAAAAUCCUUGCUAUUUCAAAUUCACCGUCAUGUCUUCUAUAACAUUUUGUAUUUUCCGUGUUGAGAUGCCGAAGUUUAUAUUUAAUAGAAAUUUUAUUCGAUUUUGCUCUAAAGCAUCAGCAAAACCACUUCGAAAAAUGAAGGAUCUUUCAGCGGAGUAUAGAACACAGCGGUUUAUGGACUUUAAAACUGUCAGGUGUGUUGGAGGUAAAGGUGGAGAUGGGCUUAUAUCAUUUCUGAGAUUAUAUAAAAACCCUUUCGCCGGCCCUUCGGGUGGAGAUGGUGGUAAUGGAGGCCAUGUUAUAUUCCAAGCCUGCAGUUCUGUGAAAUCUCUUGAAGAACUUCCAAUUGUUGCAAGGGGUUGUAAUGGAGUAAAUGGCCGGAAAAAUCAUAUGCAUGGUGCUAAUGGAGCUCAUUUUGUAGUAAAAGUGCCUGUUGGCACAUUAGUUAAAGAGAAUGAUAUUACACUAAGUGAUUUGAAUGAACAAGAUGCUAAAUUCAUUGCUGCAAGAGGUGGUGCAGGCGGCCAUGGUAACCACUUCUUUUUAUCUAAUGAAAAUAGACACCCAGACAUAGCUGAAAAAGGAGCAGCUGGUGAACAACGUACAUAUGACCUUGAAUUAAAAAUAAUGGCUCAUAUUGGAUUAGUUGGUUUCCCAAAUGCUGGAAAAUCGACACUUUUAAGAGCUAUAUCAAGGGCGAGGCCGAAAGUUGCCUCUUAUCCAUUUACAACACUAAACCCACAUAUUGGAAUUGUUCAUUAUGAUGAUUAUGUUCAGCUUGCUGUUGCUGAUCUUCCUGGUUUAAUUCCAGGUGCUCAUGAGAAUAGAGGAUUGGGAAUAUCAUUUUUGAGACAUAUUGAGAGAUGUUCUGGAAUUUUAUAUGUUAUUGAUUCCUCUAUUCAUUCGCCUCUAGAACAAUUGGAAGCUCUAAAAUAUGAAUUAGAACAAUACAAGAAAGGGCUUUCAUCGAGACCUUAUGCUGUGGUUGCAAAUAAAUGUGAUCUGGAAGGAUGUGAUGAAAAAAUACAAAUUUUAAAGGAAAAUGUUUCUAUGCCGGUUUUUCCUAUUUCUGCGAAAUUUGGAACUAAUGUAUUAAAACUUUUAGAAUAUAUUCGAAAAUUGUAUGAUGAAGGUGAUAAGCCAAUGAUAUGGUAAAUUUCAAUAAUAAAGAUAUUUAUUCAAAUAAAA